GUCGUGCCAGACUACCGUGACCAUGCCUUUCACGCAAAGCUGCUCAAGGAAGAGCCCAUGCUUGUCAUCACCCUCCUGACCAUCUCCGCCCGCUACUCGCAGCCCAGCGGCUCGAGCGGCAUGGGCGCAACUUCGCGCUCGUACCUCAUCCACGAGAAGCUGUGGAAGUACCUGCAGGGCAUGAUAGAUCGCAUGAUAUUCGGCCAGGAGCAGUUUGGCGGCGGCUUCUGCGGCGCUGGCCAGCAGCCCGGCUCCGACGUGAACCCUCUGUCGCGCAAGGGGCUUCGCACACUCGGCACUGUCGAGAGCCUAAUGCUCCUCACAGAGUGGCAUCCCCGCGCCCUCCACUUUCCGCCGGGCGACGACGACGAUGAGCUUGUCCUGCCCGACGAUCCCUAUGAGACAGGCCCCAAGGCCGAAAUGUACAAAGGCGUAGGCGACAAGCGCAUCGACAGCUGGCUCGAGCCGUGCUGGCGCAGUGACCGCAUGUGCUGGAUGCUGCUCGGCAAUGCCAUGACGCUUGCUUUUGAAAUUGGUGUUUUUGAUGAGACCAACGAGACCGAGUUUGAGGAGGCCAACCAGCACCUGUCGCAUGCCACGGUCAAGGCCUACUACCGCCGGAAGAACCAUUUGCGAGAUCUUCUCAUCAUUUAUGUGACACAGACAAGCGGCAGGCUAGGCCUCACAUCCAUGCUUCCCAAGAUUGAUCGUGACGAGAGUCUGAGCGGCGGUCCCUCGCCACUAGAGCUAUACAAGGAGCGCGUCAGUCGCAUCAAAGCCCCUCCAGCCCAGUUUGGCAUGCGCUCCGACGGACAGCGACUUCCGCUCGAGUCUAUUGCCACGCAGGAGCGCCAUGCCAUCCAGGACCUCGUGCUCGACUUUUGGCAGCGCAUCGCCAAGAUUAUGGAAAUGGGUAAUCUCAAGUUGUUUUCGAAUCGUCGCAAGACGCGCGAACUCCUCAAGACGGGAACCUAUGAAGAAAUGCUCAAGUUCUUCCAAGGUCCCCUAGCAGAAUGGAGAAAAUGCUUUGAUCGAGCGCCUCAAGUACCCACGCAACUCCGACACGUUCUUACGAUUGAAUUCGAGUAUACGCGCGUCUACCUCAAUUCGCUAGCUCUGCAGGCUGUCGUGGAGCGCUGCACACACAACACACCACUCCAGACACAUGCGCAGCCCAAUGGCGUCAAUGGACGUCCGACCAACGGCAACGAAGACGGCGGUGCAAUACCCUUUAGCACGCUUGUCAAGUGGUAUGCCAACGACCGCCACUACAUCAACGAAGUCAUUGACGCCUCACGCAACGUGCUCAAGGUGGUAGUCGACGGCCUGCAUCCAGGUGGCUAUCUGCGACAUGCACCUGUACGCACCUUCUUCCGCAUUGUCAGUGUCGCCAUUAUUCUGCUCAAAACGUUUGCGUUGGGCGCGACCGAGGAAGACGUGGCUGUUAGUCUCGGUCUGCUCAGCAACUCGGUCGAUGCUCUGCGGACAAGCAUAGUCGACGACGUACACGUGGGCAAUCGCUUCGCUGACCUCGUCGAAACCCUGACUCACCGCAUUCGUUCGCGAUUUGUACGGCUCACGGCCAACGGGUCAAAUGGCAUUUCGCGCGCAGGCAGCAAGAGCCCUUCCCAAGCCCCGCUGAUGCCUCCACCUGCUCCACUCAACAACGUCAACCAUCUCGCGCCACCGUACAUGGGCGCCCAGCAGACGGGCUUUUCAGGCUCCGGUACUAGUGUUCCGGGUUCACCGGGUAUGGGCCUGUCUGCAAGUGGGCGCGCGACUCCUCUUUGGGGAAUUUCGUCUGAGCCCUACGACCCCAACUCGAACAGCAUUUCCAUUAUGCCGCCGCCAGGCAACUACAGCAAUUGUUCAACGGCUAACGGCAACAACGGUUCAAGCAACACCAACGGAAACAGCGCAAACUGGGGUCAAUGGACGAACAAUGGUUCGGGCUGGGGCACAGGUCAUGAUCAGGACUGGCUUGCCCUGCCACUGGAUCCACUGCUAGACCAGUGGGGUGCUGAAAUCAACCAAACCGCCAUGGGUCCUGAUAUCGGCGGCAUGGACAUGUUGGAUAUUUUGCUGAAUAUGGGCGGGUCACCGGGUAGUGCAUAGCUAGUCAUGAAUGAAUCUUACGGCUUUGUAGAUGGGCAACUUAUCUACC